AUGUCCAAAGCUGAUGGAGGUCUGUUGGCAUCGUCGUCAAAGAUACAAACUGCUGACGAAGUCAUCACUGGUGCGGCAGUUAAAGUGAACGAACAUCUCGCGAGCGCAGCCAAACCGGUCGAACAAGUUUCUGGGGUGACCGCGAAAGCGGCGGAGGACGUCACUGGUGGGGCCGCGAAAGCGACGGACGAGGUCACUGGUGGGGUCGCCAAGUCGAAGGACGAAGGCGCUGAUGGGGUCGCCAAGUCCAAGGACGAAGUCGUUGAUGCGCCGCCCAAGACGAAGGAAGAGCUCGAAGCGGAGGCUAAAGCUGCAGAAGCUGCCAAAACGAUAAAAGAAGCCGGCGGACAUCCAUCCCCACUGAAAGUCGCGUUUGUUUCACUCGCUGUGAUUGCCUUGCUCGGUGCGAUGACUGGGUGGGCACUCCAUUUGGCGAACAAGCAUGAAGUGGCGACGCCUUUGGAACCCAUGUCGGGCUCGAACCUGGAAAGCAUGUCGGGCUAG